UAUCUGUCCGUAAUUAUACCUGGAAUGACGGAUGUAUCUUUGCUGGACUCGCAGGCAACAUUCGCAUCCUUAACACACGUGCUAGAUGCUCGCCUUCUUCGAGCACUCGCUGACAUGGGCUUUGCACGUCCUACUCUCGUACAAGCGCAGGCUAUACCACUCGCACUAGAAGGCCGUGACAUACUCGCUCGAGCUCGUACUGGAAGUGGAAAGACUGCCUCAUAUUGCGUCCCACUCGCUCAGAAGAUACUUAGGAAGAAGGAUGCGUUCAGUAUUGAGGACCCCGCGCGUCAAGCAGUAAGGGCAUUGGUGCUUGUGCCAACGAAGGAACUUGCCGACCAGGUGGCAAAGCACCUGAGACAGUUGCUUGCAUAUUGCGAGAAGGAAAUUGUGGUAGUUAACCUCGUUUCUGGAACUUCGACGCAUCUUCAACGGGUUCUCACAUCUGAGAAACCCGAUAUUGUCAUUGGAACCCCUUCCCGAGCACUUAGUGCACUCCAAGUGAAGGCUCUAUCACUCUCGGACCUCGAAUCACUGGUCAUUGACGAGGCCGAUCUUGUUCUGUCCUAUGGUCAUGAUGAGGACAUAAGGACGGUCAUAAAUGGCGGGUAUCUUCCCAAGGUUUACCAGUCUUUCCUUAUGAGUGCUACCAUGACGAAGGAUGUGGAGCUACUCAAAGGUCUCGUCCUCAGGAAUCCGGCGAUCUUACGUUUAGAGGAAGAUGAAGGCGACGCCGCACGACUUAGUCAAUAUGUGGUGAAGUGCAACGAAGUUGACAAAUUCCUUUUGACAUAUGUCAUCCUCAAGCUCAAGCUUGUAAAAGGGAAGACCAUCAUCUUUGUAAACGAUGUCGACCGGUGCUACCGCGUCAAACUCUUCCUGGAGCAAUUUUCUAUUAAAAGUUGUGUCCUGAACUCGGAGCUUCCGUUAAACUCCAGAGUACACAUUGUUCAGGAAUUCAAUAAAGGAGUAUACGACUACAUUAUCGCAACCGAUGAAGGUAGUGGUUCAAUCGAGCCAGAUUCUGAUGACGAAACGGAUGAAGAGGUCCAAGUGGAUGGCGAACAAUUAACGUCGACGCAGCGCGAUGUGGAGCCGAUCGAGCCAGGUGAUCCUGGCCCUUCAUCAACCAAAACGAUGAAACGAAAGCGGUCGCCAUCUCCUCGACCGACUCCUGAAGGCACCACAACUAAGAAGAAUAAGUCACGUACGCAGAACGACAAGGAAUACGGAGUCGUGCGAGGUGUGGACUUCAUCGACGUCGCCUGUGUGCUCAACUUCGACCUCCCAACCUCCGCACGUGCAUACACACAUCGCGUUGGUCGUACCGCUCGUGCAGGCCGCACGGGAAUGGCACUAUCCUUUGUCGUCCCAGCAGCGGAAUGGGGUAAGAACAAGGUCGUAGGCUGCUUGCCCAGUGCGCGCCGCGAUGAAGUUCGGUUCAGUCGCAUCGAGCGCCAACAAGCUACGCGUGGCAGUAAAAUCAAUGAGUACAAGUUCGACAUGAAGCAGGUCGAAGCAUUCCGAUAUCGCAUGCAGGAUGCGCUUCGCUCAGUGACUCGAACCGCUAUCCGAGAAGCCCGAGUGAAGGAAUUGAAAUCGGAGAUCUUGAACUCAGAAAAGCUGAAGGCUCAUUUUGAAGAAAAUCCGCUCGAUCUAGAGUAUCUCCGGCAUGACAAGCCACUCCAUCCGACGCGCGUGCAGCCACACAUGAAACAUGUUCCUAAGUACCUCAUGCCGCGCAUGGGCACCGCCGCCUCCGCCGGCGAGCUCACAGCUGGUGCUGGCGGCGGUGAAAAGGAAGCAAGCUUCGUUCCUUUCCGUAAGUACACUGUACGAGGACGCGGUCGAGGUAGGGGUAGUCAUACUGGACCGGGCAAGGGACGCAAGAAAAAAUCGGAUCCACUGAAGAAGUUCGGUCGAUGAGUUCGUGGCUUUCGUGGAGCCUCGGGAUUGGGCCGGGUACGAUAAUCCAGCCUACGCUUGGAGCUAUCUGGAUGUGGCCCGUAGUUCACAGUAAUUUCCUUGGUCAUGCUUAGUGUUCCUUACCGAUGAGGCGAAAAUCGUGCACGUCUUGGGUGAUUGACAAUACCGUCAAGGCCAACGAAUUCCCGCUUGUAGUAUGUAGAAUUGGACUAGUGCUGCACACAUCAUUGAUUUAGUACACGAAUAUUGGGGGGCGGGAAGGGAAAGCAUAUAUGAACGAA